UUUUGUAUGUGCCUUUCAAAAAGCUUGUGUUCAAAAGUUAUUUACUUUUCCAAGAAUAUUAAAUUCCUGCACAAUAAUCGUUUUAAUUAGCCAAAUUGUGCUCCAAUUGCUUCAAAUAAUGCAGUGCUACAGGAAACUGUUGGUAUAUAAAGGAAUGCGAUAAUUUUCCUUCAGUGAAUAACGAAGAUUCGUCACCCCUUUUACGAUGAAGAAAUCCUAGAUUUUUCUUUUGGAAGCAGAGGCUCUCCCUACAGUUUGUGGUGUUGGUGUUUACGCAAGAAUAAUAAAGCAGAGCAGCAGUGAAAUUGCAUUCUUACCUCACGAUAGAGUCUAGAGUCGGGGACAUAGCAAGCAAGAAGAAUCAGUUUGUUGCCAUUUGAAUCUUGGUAGCUUGAAACAGUAGGACCACAACUCUCGCGGCAUCGAGAGGACUCUUACCCGUAAAACGAGGUGCUUUAAGGUGGAUUCCGAAAGCAUCUUCGGGGCACCCCCGUCCGGGAGAAUGAUGGCCCCAUUCCGGCGCAAAAAGUCCAACAAGGAGUUUCCGGUCAAGGUGUGCACCUACGACUCGGAGUUGGAGUUCCAUCUAGAGCAUCGCGCAACCGGUGGCUACCUGUUCGAUUUGAUUUGUCGAACGAUUGGACUCCGGGAGACGUGGUAUUUUGGGUUGCGCUAUGUCGACAAGAAAGGCUACAGAAGUUGGCUGAAGAUGGACAAAAAAGUGCAGGAUCAGCAUAUUAAUCUGACGACUGAGGGCUGCGUUUUCAUGUUCAUGGCAAAAUUCUUCCCGGAGAAUGUUGCCGAAGAGCUUGUUCAGGAGGUCACACAACACAUGUUCUUCCUGCAGAUCAAGGAAGCGAUCCUAUCCAUGGAAGUCUACUGUCCACCGGAGGCUUCCGUUUUGCUAGCUUCUUAUGCGGUGCAAGCAAAGUACGGAGACUAUGAUGAGGCUGUUUGUAAGCCGGGAAUGCUGUUUAGCGAGAAUUUGCUUCCCCAGCGGGUAAUCGAUCAGUAUCAGAUGACACCGCAGAUGUGGGAAGAGCGUAUCAAAACUUGGUAUGCCGAUCAUCGCGGGAUGUCACGAGAUGAAGCGGAAAUGGAAUAUCUUAAGAUCGCGCAGGAUUUGGAUAUGUUUGGGGUCAACUAUUUCCCGAUAACGAACAAGAAAAAUACCGAAGUGUUUGUCGGUGUCACGGCUCUCGGAUUAAACAUCUACAGUAAGGAGAACAAAUUGACCCCGAUGACGACCUUUCCGUGGAACGAAAUCCGUAACAUCAGUUUCGAUGGGAAAAAGUUCUUCGUCAAAACGAUCGAAGAAAAGGGAAACGUUGCCACUACGUUCUACUCGGAAAAAGCACGCACAAAUAAAGAAUUGUUGGAUCUAUGCGUGGGGAACCAUGAGCUGUACAUGAAACGACGAAAACCCGACACGAUGGAGAUUCAGCAGAUGAAAACACAAGCUAAGGAGGAAAAACAACGGCGGCACAUCGAGCGGAACAAGCUGGCCCGGGAGAAGCAGCUGCGUGAGGAGGCAGAACAGGACAAAGCCAACAUGGAGAAAAGACUGAUGCAACUGCAGGAGGAUAUGGCGGCUGCCAACGAGGCUCUUCGCCGCAGUGAGGAAGCUGCUGACCUGCUGGCGGAAAAGAAUCGCCUUGCAGAAGAAGAAGCCUUGCUGCUCUCUCACAAAGCCCUGGAAGUGGAACAGGAGAUUAGUCGAAUGCGCAUGACAGCGCGAAAGACCGAGGAAGAAAAGAUUUAUCUCGAACGAAAAACGCAAGAAGCUGAGCUACUAACCGCUCGAAUGAUCGAAGAGUCUCGCAAGCGUUCGAUGGAAGCCGACAAACUGAAGAACGAGCUGAUCCAUGCACGGGUAGCCGAGAAAGAAGCGAAGGAAAAAUUGCUAAAUUUCCUCAGUCGAACAUCGACGGAAUCGAUAUUCAUCACACCGUCCUCAUCCCCGGAAACGCCAACACUGGAAAGCAAUACGUACGAUCUGUUGGCCGAUGGAGACAUGGAUCAGCUGUCGCUUGAGAUUGAGAAGGAAAGAGUGGAAUACCUGACCAAGUCGAAGCAGGUACAGAACCAGCUGAAAGAACUGCGGUCCGAGAUUGAACAGCUCAAGAUCGGCGAGAAUCAGUGCCCGCUGGACAACAUCAACGCCCAGCAGAUGCGUCUAGGUGAGACCAAGUAUUCCACCCUGAAGAAGCUCAAGUCAGGCUCAACGAAAGCACGAGUAGCAUUUUUUGAGGAACUGGAUCCAGAGGAGUCCUUAGCCUAACCGAUGCUAUGGGGAAUGCUUCUGAACCAUUCGUACCGUGAGACAUACUCAAAUAUUGAGCUCUUACUAGCGCUCGAACCUCCUCUUAGCGAUGCCAACCGUUUAUCACAGUGACAAAAGUAGGGUAAGUAGGAAGGGAGUGGGGGCGGUGAACGUUGGACAAUGCCGCCAUAUGCCUUGUGUCAAAAGUGCCUGUCGUUUUAUUUUUUGGGAACCAAGUGUGAUCUAUUUCAACAAACAACGGACAGUUUUGUUACGCUCAUAAGUUGCUUUUAAUUGUGAAUAAAUUUUUUUAACAAA